AAGCUGCUCCCGCCUCCUUUGUACAGGCAACUAAAGUGCAAGUAUUGGAGAAGCCCAAGCUCCAACUCCCAUCCUGAGUGUACUCAGUGUUAUCCAUGGCUCCUGAGAACCAGUCAGUUGUGACCAUGUUCAUCCUACAAAACUUCGUAGAUGACCCCUGGAUCCAGGAUGCCCUUUUCUGCUUCUUCUUUAUCUUGUUCAUGGUGGCCAUAGUUGGCAAUGGUCUGAUUAUCACAACCAUCCACAGAAGUCCCAGCCUCCACACACCCAUGUAUUUCUUCCUAGUUAACCUUGCCCUGAUGGAUGUGAUCUGCACUGUGACUGUCCUACCCAAGGUCCUGCAGAGCCUGGUGACUGAGAACACCAUAUCUUAUGGGGGAUGCCUCACACAGAUGUUUAUCUUCUCCUGGGUCCUGGGCUCUGAGCUUCUGCUCUUCUCUGCCAUGGCCUAUGACCGUUUUCUAGCAAUCUGCCGGCCAUUGCACUAUGGAACCCUCAUGAGUGGCAGGGUCUGUAUGGCCCUUGCAACCUUUGUGUGGUUUACAGGGGCUCUCAAUUCCUUGGUGCUCACUUGUCUAGUGUUGCCACUGUCCUUCUGUGGCCCCAAUAUCAUCACACACUUCUUCUGUGAGAUCCCUUCUGUGCUCGUGCUGUCCUGCAGCCCCACCUUUAUCAACGACAUCAUGACUGUCAUUGCAGAUAUGUUCUUGACUGGUUUGAACUUCCUAUUGACCAUGACGUCCUAUAGCUUCAUCAUCGCCAGCAUCCUGCGCAUCCGCUCAGUGGAAGGCAAGAAGCGUGCCUUUUCUACCUGCUCUGCCCACCUGAUUGUGGUCACCCUUUAUUAUUCCACGGUGCUAUAUACUUACGUCCGGCCAGCCCUAGGAACUGCUGGUGUGCUGGACAAGGUUGAGGGAAGAAAAUCCUCAUAGAGGCCCUGAGUUACAGGCUGAGUCUGAGAGCCUAGGAUCCCCAUGGAACCUUCCCUGAUUUCAGCAUCCCAAAAUGUGAGAUCAGAACCUGACACUGGCAUGAUGUCCUC